UUUUUUAUAUUGACAAAAAAUUUACUCGUUUCACAGCAUAGCGCUGACCAUUUAUCUAGUUUUACCUCUGGACAUGUAAAAUAUUCAAUCAAAUAGUCCACUUAGAUGGAACCUGACUUCCAUUUUUCUGAGCCAAUAUUUUCUAGAACAAGCUUUGUGUUGUAUCUAAUGAAUUAAGGUUGGUGCAGAUGGAACAGUUACAAUCACUUUCCCUGCAAGCUUAACGAAGAACUGAUUCGUGAUACAGCUGAUGCAAUGGUUUCGAGUGGAAUAGCAGCUCUUGGAUACAAGUAUAUUAAUCUAGAUGAUUGUUGGGCAGAACUGAAAAGAGAUUCCAAGGGGAACUUAGUGCCAAAGAAGUCUAUUUUUCCGUCUGGUAUGAAGGCUCUAGCAGAUUAUGUCCACAGCAAAGGGCUAAAGAUCGGAAUUUAUGGCGAUGCUGGGACCCUGACUUGUGCCAAGACUAUGCCAGGAUCACUUGGUUACGAGGAACAGGAUGCGAAAACCUUCGCUUCAUGGGGAAUUGAUUAUCUGAAAUAUGAUAAUUGUCAUAAUAAUGGGGUAAGCCCGCAAGAAAGGUAUUCAAAGAUGAGCAAGGCACUAUUAAGCACAGGCCGACCUAUCUUCUUCUCUCUUUGUGAAUGGGGUCAGGACAAUCCAGCAACCUGGGCAGCUGGAAUUGGAAAUAGUUGGAGGACGACUGGAGACAUCAAAGAUACGUGGGAUAGCAUGACAUCCCGUGCUGAUCAAAAUGAUGAUUGGGCAUCUUAUGCUGGACCUGGUGGAUGGAAUGACCCAGACAUGCUUGAGGUGGGCAAUGGGGGCAUGUCAACCGAAGAAUACCGCUGUCACUUUAGUAUUUGGGCUUUGAUGAAGGCCCCUCUUCUUCUUGGGUGCGAUAUCCGCUCCAUGGACAACGACACGUUUGAGUUGCUAAGCAAUAAAGAGGUUAUUGCAGUUAAUCAGGAUAAGCUUGGACUCCAAGGAAAGAAAGUAAAGAAAACUGGAGAUUUGGAGGUAUGGGCUGGUCCUUUAAGUGGGAAGAGGAUAGCAGCGGUCUUGUGGAACAGAGGAUCAUCAAGGGCUUCUAUAACUGCAGAUUUCAAGGACAUUGGACUCAAAUCAUCAGCAGUAGUCAAUGCUCGAGACCUCUGGGCGCAUUCAACAAUGACUUCAGUCCGGCAUCAACUUACAGUAACUGCUGAAUCCCACGCAUGCAAAAUGUUCGUCUUCACACCACAGUAGCAAGCUUGUUACACAUAAAUGGAAUGUAUUGCUUCAUAUAAAAUAUGUCAGAAAGAAAAUAUUCAUAUAUAUACAUAUAUAAAAAAAUAAAAAUGCAAAGAAAUAUGAAAAUAGAAUGAUCCAAGUGAAGGAUGUGAUUGAAUAUACAUGGAAUCAAACUGUUGGUUUUAUAAAUA